UUUUAGUGUUAAGAUUUAGUCAGUCAGUAUGACAGGAGUUAAUAAAUCAAUGUUCUAGCUUAUAAAGGUUAUUUUGUUCUUUUUAGGAUUGCAUGGUGUGGGCAGUAAGCUCGGACGCACACAAAACACACUUACUGUAUUAAUCAAAGCUGAGUAUUAUAAUUUAAAAAAAAAAAAAAAAAAAAAAAACCGAAGAAAAAAAAGCCAAGAAGACUGAAGAAGUGGUAAACAAAUGCAACAAGAUUAAACUCAAAUUAGCGAAAAUGGAACCAGAAGAAGGAUCAUCUUCAUCACCAUCAAUUGAAAAUCCGCCAUUAACGAGCAGUGAGAUUUACUCAGUAGAGAAAGCAUUGAAAAGCCUGGAGCUAAGCAAUCCAUGGAUCCAACAAGCUAUUCAACAAGCUUUUCUUGUUCAGGAGACCGUCGAACAAUCCUUCGAUUCCACCAUUGCUGCUACUCGUUCUCGUCUCUCUCAAAUCCGUUCCACCUCAUCUGCUCAUUUCCAUCAAACUCUCGAGUCAGUUAAGGAUUUGAAGGCGGAAUAUGAUGCUUAUGAAGCUAAGUUCUUUGGCAAAGUUAAAGAAGGUGCAUUUGUUGCGGCUUCACAUCCAUUUAUUGCUACUGGAGCUGUUACUGGGCUGGGUUUGUUGGCACUGCCAGCUCCAAGACGUUUUUUGUACUAUAAAACCUUGCGGCUAUUUUCUACUGAAGAGGCCUUGAUAUCUCGUGCUGAUGAAAAAGUGAAAGAGCUGAAGCAAUCAUUUGAACGCUUGAAAGCUGCAACUGAAAAGCUAGAGAAAAGAGCAUCACAGGCAGAGGAGGAGAUGCAAAGAGGAAGAACUAAACUGAGAAAUGCAGGAAAUCAGAUUAGAAAAGCUGUUAAUUCUGCUGAUAAGAUCGAGAAACAAGCACGAGGCUUGAAGGAUAUCCUUGCAGACCUUCCUAGCAGGGAAUCAUCUCGAUUUAAUUCACAGAUCAAAAACUUAGUUGCUGAGGCAAAACAGGAGCGAAAAGUACUCGCAAAGGAAGUGACAAAGAUAAGCAAUUAUGGGAUCUCCAUAUGAGAGAGCUCUUAUUGGGCUGUGUAUCUGACUGCGUGUGAAUAAUUGAUGGCAGGAAUUGAGUGACUGAGAUAGAUCAAAACCUCCAGUUUCCUGCUUCCUUCACCCUAUACUUGGAAAGUAAACUCAGUUGAUUACCGAAAUUUUGUCUCACAGAAAAUUGUACCAAUUGUACAUCUGAAGAUCAGGAUUUGCUUAGAAAUAUUUCUUACAGCAGAUAUAUUCUUUUGAUUCUGCUAAUGUUGCAACUCUCUGCGGACAAUGUGCAAUCAAAAUAUUAUGCAUUGACAUUUUGUCCUGCCAGAA